AUGAAUCGAUUGUUGGCCCCAUCCCCCUGCUACACCCCCACCCCGCCACCGGCCAAGCCCAGGAGGGAGAAGCUGAAGCAGUCCCGGCGGUUCUGGUCCGGCCUGCCCGGAGAGCUCUGUCCCGGGACCCGCGUGGAGGAGGACGCCGAGGGCGACCGCUGCUGGAACGGACACCAGCUGGAGGGGGGGGUACACCAGCUGGGCCGGUACUUCCCCGAGGUGCAGAAGGACGGGCUGACCAGCCAGGUGAACAACCCCGAGGUGGCGGUGGACAUCACCCGGCCUGACACGCUGAUCCGCCAGCAGAUCAUGGCCCUCAGGGUGAUGACCAACAAGCUGAGGAACGCCUACAACGGCAACGACAUCUCCUUCCAGGACUCCAGCGAUGAGGGCAGCGGCUCGGCCAGCGGCAGCGGCUGCACGGAGCCCUGCACCACGCCCGACCCGGCCCUCAGCGAGCCCACCGGGGGCCCCGUGGUGGGGGCGGACCGCGCCGGCCCCGUGGAGGACUCGGCCGGGGCCCCGGGGCUGCUGGGGCCCCGGCCCGCCCUGGUCCUGCUGUCCCUCGGGGCCCUGGCGCUCCCCCACUGGCUGGGGAGAUAA